AUGGAGAACGUAAUUUCGCAGCCACACGUUCCAGGUGAUGAAGUGGUGAUUCGCAAGUCUGUAAGCUACCAUCCCACCGUUUGGGGUGAUUACUUUAUCUUACAGGCCCAGUCCUCCCCCAGUACACAGGAGUGCGAUGCAAGGAUGCAAGAGAGAGCAGCAGAACUGAUGGAGCAGGUAAGAUGCAUGUUCAAGGACACUACCGACAUCUUGCAAACUAUGGACUUGGUCGAUUCAAUCCAGCUUCUCGGAUUGAGUUAUCACUUCGAGAAAGAAAUAAGUGAAUCAUUAAAACGAGUCCAUGAUGCCGAUUUGAACUGUCAAGGUCUCUACGAGACUGCUCUCCGGUUUCGACUGCUGAGACAAGAAGGGUGGGAUGCCAAGGCUGUUCAUCAGCUACCAGAGUAUAUGAAGGGCUAUUUUCUGAAGCUAAUCCAUACUUUUGAAGAAUUCGAAAAUUUACUAGCACCUAGUGAGAAGUAUCGUUUAUUUUAUCUUAAGGAAGCGAUGAAAGGUUUAUCAAGAUCCUAUCUCGAGGAAAACAAAUGGGCUUCCAAACAGUAUGUGCCAAAAUUAGAAGAACAUCUGCAAAUCUCGCUCAUCAGUUCAGCCUAUCCUUUGCUUGUUUGUGCUUCUUUUGUUGGAAUGGGAGAAGUAGCAACUAAGGAGGCAUUUGAGUGGGUUGCUAGUUUCCCUAAGAUCGUCAAGGCUUCUGCAUUAAUUGCUCGUAUCGCCAAUGAUUUCGUUUCACAUGAGCGUGAGCAAUCUAUGGAGAAUGUUGCCUCCAUGGUGGAAAGCUAUAUGAAAGAGUAUGGAACAAGCAUGCCUGUGGCAUGCGAGAAGCUUCAAAACUUGGUUGAAAACGCAUGA